AUGGCGGCGGAAAAUUACGAAGCUGCAAUCACUUUGAUUGAUGAAGCUCAUGCUUUAGAUCCAACUAUCAGCACAAUAAAUGGCGAGAGUAUACCAUACGAGCUUCACUAUGCCCAGAAAAUGACACAUUAUCUCUCUCUCCGCGCUCCCAAUGCUUCCCCCAUCCUCAAAGUUGCUAUCCGAGCACAGCAUUUUCGUCGCUGGGAAGUACCACGAUCUUCCUACCCGAUGACCAAGCCCGGGUAUCUGAAUUGGAGGACCUUUCUCAAGAAACGGCAGGCUGAUCUUGCGUCUGCGAUAUGUGUCGGCUGCAAUUUUACAAGUGAGGAAGCGGAAGAAGUGGCUAGAUUGAUAAGGAAAGAGGAUUUGAAGAAAAAUGAGGAGACGCAGAUCUUGGAGGAUGUUGCUUGUCUAGUGUUUCUGGAUGAUCAGUUUGAUGCUUUUGAGAAGGGUCAUGAUGAAGAGAAAAUCAUCUCAAUUUUGAGAAAGACUUGGGGGAAGAUGAGCGAGGAAGGACACCGUUUGGCCUUGCAGAUACCGAUGAGCGACACCAGUAAGAGUUUGAUCCAGAAAGCUUUGGGAUGA